GAGCUCCGUGGCUGUGAUUGGUGGUUGUUUCGUUUUCUUUUUUUUCUGUGCGUCAGCGGGUCCCUGUUUGAAAUUUGUCCGUUAUGGAUUAAGCAAGCAUACGAGGGGCAAGCAAGUGUUGACAAAUCGCAGAUGGACCUUAAUAUUUGAUUGUUUUGCGGCAUGUAGCUUGUGUAUUUAUUAUCAUGGCGCAACUCAAGCUCUCGUUACUUGCCUCUUUGGACGAUCUCCACCGGUAUACGAAUUCUCUGGUUACUACUGCGGAUGCACAAUGUGAAUCAGCAUUCCUUAAAUUUAUUCCGAAUGUCGAGCAAUUGUGGAUGCAGUGGUCUGAAGCUGUUACAGAAUGUAAGCGCCUAAAAACUGCUUUAGAUCAAAGUCAGCACAAUUCCUCAUUACUUGUAAGUCAGUUGACACAGUCAAGAAAAAUUCUUGAUACAGAGCAAAAGGCUCGUGCAGCUGCUGAGCGUGAAAGGCGGGCAUUGGAAGUGCAACUAGGCAUUAUUAGAGAUGUUCUCCAAGAUCCAAGAAACAAAUUGAAUGAGGAUGCCAAAGACAAAUUAUCUCACAUUAAUCAAACUAUUGACAAAGCCAACCGUAAUGGUCUUCCUCAUUCCCUUACUGAUCGGUUGGACCCAAUCGCCGAGCUGGACUCCACAGGAUCCCUGAUGUCAGAGUUAAGUUAUUCCCGUUCUGAGGAUGACUUGGAUAUUAGUGCCUCAUUCCUCGAUUCCCGAAGAGAUUUUAAGAAGUGUCACCCUGCACCUGAUGAUAGUGCACCCAGCCCAAAGAGGAGGAGAUCUAAUAUCCGGAGAAGUAUGGAGGUUCACAAGUCUGAGGUGACCUCAGAAGACAGAUUGGUUGCCACUACCACAGUGACCGUGCGAAGAGAAGGUAACAUUACUGCUCACUCUAAGAUUGAAGCCAAACCUUCUGGGAAAUCUAAAACAGUGCCAGAACUCUUUCCAUCUGCUCCACCAAUUUCAAUUGUGACAGAUUCCACAAACUCUGAUAGCAGUCCCAAUAACAACAACUGGACAACUCCACGAAAUGUAAAAGUGUCUCUGGCACCUACAUCUGUCAGUAGAUCUACCUUGGACGUCAGUCCAAGCUAUGGAAUGGGCAGAAAAAAUAUGAAUAUUCGCCCCCAUACUUUUGUUCAGAAAACUAUCAUUUGCAAUGAACAGUGCAAUUACUGCAAUAAGAGGCUAAUGUUUGGAAGACAACACAGCAAAUGUCAGGAUUGUCGUGCCCUCUGCCAUAAGGAUUGUGAGGGACUGCUGCCUCUUCCUUGCAUUCCUGUUGGCAACACGCCAGCUGUCAAAGGAACAAUGGGAACUAUUGCUGACUACACUCCAAUGUCAAGUCCUAUGGUGCCCUCUCUUAUUGUUCAUUGCAUCAGGGAAAUUGAAAGUCGUGGGCUCAAUGAAGUUGGUAUUUACCGUGUGCCUGGUGCUGAUAGAGAUGUUAAAGCACUUAAGGAAAGCUUCCUGCGUGGUAAAGGUGCACCUAAUUUAUCCAACGUGGAUGUUCAUGUUUUGUGUGGAACUGUGAAAGAUUUCCUUCGCUCACUGCGAGAACCGUUGAUUUUGAAAACAUAUUGGCAUGACUUUGUUCAAGCAACAGAAAUUCCUGAUUCCGAAGAUGCUCAAGCAGCUCUGUACCAAGCUGUGUCUGAACUACCUCAGCCCAACCGUGAUACUCUUGCUGCGCUCAUCCUUCACUUGCAACAUGUAGCAGAAUGCCCAGAAUGCAAAAUGCCCAUAGGCAAUCUCUCUAAAAUAUUUGGCCCCACAAUUUUGGGAUAUUCAUCUUCUGAUCUUGAACCUGAAGUUCUAUUGUAUGAAACAAAGAAGCAAGCAAUGGUUGUGGAUCAGCUGAUGAGGCUGCCAGCUGAUUACUGGGCAAAUUUUGCUCACCCCUCCGGAAGUGAAAACAGGGAUCCCUCUGGUCUUUCACAUACCCCAUCUACAAGUUCUCUUCUCAAUGGUGCUCGUAAUUUCUUGGGAACUACACCAAGAUCUGUGCGAGGAAAGAAAAGGUUUUUUGCUACUCCACCAACCCAAAGGGUUUGAUCAUAGCAACUUUUCAAUCAUUUUCUACCACAUCACACUGUAAAUGAUUUAAAACUUAAUAAUAUUCUAUUUUUGGAACAAUUUUACGUUUAGGAGUUAACCAUUCUUAAGUAUUUUUACACUUCAACUAAUCGCUUAACUUCGAGUGUUAACCUGCCACACAGUAUUGAAAUUCCAUGUUUAUUUUUCUGUUCCUGUCCUCUUUUGAGACCAGUAAAAGCAGGCUCAGGAAGACUAACACAUUUUAUUUUGCCGUAUUCAUGGAACAAAAUGGCAAACAUUGUGAUCUUUUAUUCUUUUGAUCUGGUAAUCCUUCUCAUGGGUUUUAGUUUAAACUGCUCUCUAUAAUUGUUGCAAUAAAAAUGUAGUGUGAAGAUAGACAUUUCUUUCUCAAAUAAAUGAAUCUCCUGUAUAAAGUUAUGAAUCUCUCUAUUUAGUUUAAAGAGGUUGAUAAAACCUACCACCAGCUUUGGGAAAAAAAUAUUCUGUGAUUCCUGAUUUCUCUCUUUAUGACAAUUUUGUCUUUGGCCUUUGGAGUUAUGGAAGUUGUAUUUAGUCCAUUCUUUUACAUUAUAACUGCUGCUCUGAUAGCUUUAUUAUUAUCCACCUGUUGUGGAAUAACUAUUAAGUCUCUCUAUGUAUGCUUAAGUUGAUUUACCUUCAAGCAUGCGGCUUUAUUUCUAUAAUGACAUACAUGCUGGAAAAAAGUAUUCUUCAAUCCCAUCUUCUGAUUAUGCACAUGUGAGUUGAAGUCUGUUAUUUUCCAGUAUACCUUGUCAUAAAACUGACUUAUUUUAUGUUUCUUAAAUGUAAAACCAGUAGAUUGCAUGACAUUUUGUUAGUUGUAUCUUUAUGUAUUUAUGAAUAGCUCUCUGGUGUUUGUGCUCUCUGCUAGUCUCUGAAGUUGUGCCUCUCUUUUUUUUCCCUUUGUAAUCCUUGAUUUACACCUGAGUUUGAAUAAACUUUAUGUACUAACAAAUUGUUUAACAAUGAAGUCUAAUAAAUACCAAUAUCUUAGAAUUUUA